GGGCUCCUCCAGCGUGGCGGCCAUGAAGAAGGUGGUGCAGCAGCUGCGCCUGGAGGCCAGCGUGAGCCGCGUGAAGGUUUCUCAAGCCGCAGCAGACUUGAAGCAGUUCUGUCUGCAGAAUGCACAACAUGAUCCCCUACUGACAGGAGUGUCUUCAAGUACAAAUCCAUUCAGACCCCAGAAAGUCUGUUCAUUUUUGUAAUUUGGUGAACUAUCUUGGUCUCUUUCAGUGAUCUUCUAACACCUUUUCACAGCUGCUCUGUGGGGAGAGAAUGUGACUCAAGGAGUGCCUUGGUUUGAAGUCUGUACAAAAGCUUAGCCUUAACCAUGUGCCAAGUUAACUGUGUAAAUCGCUACUGUUGUCAAACCUCUUACCAUCGACCUCUCCAAAUGAACUGUGUGCUAGUUGCAAUAACUUCUACUUCAUGAGGGAAUCAGUUUUACAUACCAAGCAAAAAAUAAAAAUGUUUUGACUUAAAAAAAAAAAAAAAA